AUGGACGCUGCCUACGAUCACAUCCAAGAGGAAAUCCUCGCAUCUCCAGACGCCGAUAAAGAUCCCCAAGCCGAAAUUUCCACUCCAUCCGACUCAUCGAAUCAGCAUAAUCUAAGCGCCGAGUUUCAAGAAACCUUUAGCGCUUUUACCGCGAGCCCUUGGGGUGCCCGUCUCGGUGGCCUUUGGGGAAACGUACGCCGACAAGGAGAAAAUUACUAUGAAGGGGCAAGACAGGAAUAUUCUGCUGCGAGUCAGGAGGCAUUUAAGGGGUUUAGCGAUUUGAGGAAUACAAUAAUUGGACGGACGCGAGGACUGUCGUUGGGCGGAUUAGCUGCUCAUGGCGAAGAAGCGGAUGGCGGCGAUGAUCCCACGACGCCAACAUCUCCAAAAGCUGGCGAAUCAUCCAAGGAGAUGGCGAAAGAUGGUUUAAGUGAUGCGCAAGUAUCUGAUGGAGAUGGUUUCAUCUCCCGGUUUCGCGUGGAAGCGGCUAAACGGCUGAAGGAUAUUGAACGCGCUGAAGAUGCGGCCGAUGAAGCGUUGCUGAGGUUUGGGAAUAAUAUCAGGGACUUUCUGCGCGAGGCUGUGACUAUUGCUCCCCCGGAAGACGGAGAGAGUGGUUCGGGCAAGACGAUGUUCGAGAGUAGAGAUAUUGAUGGAAAAAGAGUGAUUCAUACGACAAGAUUCGAAGCACAGUUACACGCUAUCCAUUCGAACCUAGAAAGCUUUUCUAAGGAUCCGGAUAGUAUUGAAUGGGCUAAAUGGAAAGAUGGAUUCAAAAUUGAUGAUAAAACCGGUGAUGUAUCUACGGAUCUGGAAACGUAUCCAGAAUUGAGAAGGGCGAUGGAGAGCCUCGUCCCGGAGAAGGUGGAAUAUGUUGACUUUUGGAGAAGAUAUUAUUUCCUACGUAUGGUUAUUGAGACGGAAGAAAAGCGACGAAAGGAACUAUUGCAAGCAUCUACCGCAGGAGACGAGGAAGAGGUUGCCUGGGACGAAGACUCUGAUUCUGAAGCCGAGACGCCAUCCACACCACAAGUCACAAUUAACAAGGCACUUGAGCCAUCAGACACCACCCCCGUCGCAGCGUCGUCGUCCAUGUCAAAGGAUAGCUUGAAGCCAUCAGAACCACGCCGAUCCAACGACCAACAAUCCCAAGCCGACAGUGAUGCAAGUUAUGAUGUCGUUAGCGGUGCAACGACUCGGACUCCAGGGAGCCCAAAGGAGCCAGGGAAAUCUUCGGCGACGCCUGCGAAGCCAGUAGAGGACAGCAGUGAUGAGGAAGACUGGGAAUGA